AUGAUCGUCAAGCUUCCGACUCGGACAGCGGGUCGCACGGCCGUCGUGCUAACUUCGCAGUCGAUGCUGGGGAAAUGCAUCGUGAUGAGAACGCCACUCAACAUGAGUGGGGUGGGGGAAGCGGCGCUGCUUCUGCCGACGAGCCUGGGCGGAGCGAGCGCAGCAAUGUUUGGGAGCCAAGAGGACCGAAUCCUGGCAGCCAUAGGACAUCGUGGAGUGCUUCAACAACGGACCCGUGGAGCCACGGGGAGUCCGAUCCUUGGCAACAAGACCGGCGCCGGGAAGGUCCUUGGCGAGAGCAACGAGACAAUAGAGAAGAUGCCGAAAGUGGCAGCCGAAGCGACUGGGGUCGCCAAGGCGACCACGGAGACAGAAGGGCCCCAGCCUGGGACCGCGACUGUGAAUGGCAUGGAGACGGAUGGAGAGGAAAUCGAGGAGACCGCCACGACCAAGGAGGCCGAUGGGACAGCACCUGGGCGGACGACGGAGAUCUUCACCGUUGGCAGCCCGGACCCGGAAACCUUCGAGCAGUGCCAGGCGAGGAGUGGCAACGACGAGGACCGGGACUACUUCCAGUACGAGACCAACGCGGAGCCUGGGACGAAGGAAGAGGCGCGGAUGGACGCCUCGGCCGCAUCUGGGAAGAGGAGACGGAGGACCUUGGAGGAAGCACCAGGACUGGUUUUAUACCAGUCUUUGGGCGGCAAAGCUUGGAUAGCAGCUGAAGAAUUAUCAGUCAGCAGGUUGGGCGAGGAGAACGGCAUCGAGUACCUGAUCUCAUGGAUCCGAGCCCGCUUCCUCGACCUCGAAGUAGCACGAAUCGGGAGAGCAUUCAGCGACUAUUUCAGGAAAAUGAGACGUCGUCCUGGACAAACGAUUCGUGACUAUAACGCUGAAUAUGAUCGACUCUUCGGCCGCUUGAGAGAAGUGGGGUGUAACCUGCCGCAAGAGGCUGCGGCCUGGGUCUAUCUAGACCGCCUGCAGCUCGAUGAAGCGCAAGAACUCAACAUUCUUGCGUCCGUAGGAAAUCGUUAUGAUCUCCUACGGCUCCAGCAAGCAGCUGUGCUUCAUGACCGCGGUCAGCGGAAGCCCUGGGAAGGAGCAGGCAGCCGUGGCAACAAGAAGCCGCACUACGCGCACGUCACGGACUACGACGAUGGAGACGGCUCCGAAGGUGGCUCAGAUGAUGUUGGAGAGGAAGGAAUACCGGAGGAGGUAGCAGAGGCAUGGGUCACCUACCAGUCGGCAAAGGAGAAGUACAAGAACCAGAAGCAAAGCCGCGGUUACAAUGGAGAUCAUGAACGACCGUCUCGACCUCCCCCUGGAGAUGGAGCCCGAGACCGAGCUGAAGACCGCGAUCGUGACCAAGGACGUGAAGCUCGGCUGAAGGCCAUGAAGGCAAAGAGAGAGCCGGGUGGAGCAAAAGGAACUUCGGCUCCCAAGGAGGUGGCUAUGAUGACCGUGACCGUCGCCGGCAGCCAGUGGUUGCAGGCCUAUACAGACUUGCUCCAGGACCACGGCCAGAUUGAGAACAUCAUCACUGAGGAGGACUACGUCCGCGGCUAUCAUGGUCGCGCUACAAACUACGCCACUCAUGACGCGCACAACGAGUACCACGCACCCGAGAGCGAAGAGAGCAUGCACUAUGCUGGAGCAAACCUUUACAAGAAGUUUGGCGAAGGCGAUUUUGAUUGGGGCGACUACAGCUUCGAGAACUGUGAGAAGAUCCUCGAGGCCACCCACUACUUCCCGGAGAAGCUCAACCUCCGGAAGAUCCACGAUGGCGGCAACGACUUCACCGAGAACAAG